AAGACAUCGAAGUUUAAACCACCACCCAACAUCCAACAUCAUCAUCUUCAAUUACUCUCUAACUCCACCACCCCCACUCAUUCAAAUCACUUCAUUCACUCCUCAGCUCUCCCUCCAUAGACAGACACAGAAAACUCAAAAAAUUCAGUAGAGAGAGAGAGAGAUGACAGCCAUGGUGAUGGUGACAAAGGGUGGUGGUGAAAGUGUUGGAUGUGGUGGUGGGAAGGGAACCAAAGAAGCUGAAGAUCAGCAAAACAAUAAUCUCUCUCUCGUUGCAUUCCUCUUAGCAGCUCUCAGAAAAUCCAUGGUCUCUUGCCGAAUCGAUCGCAAUGAUGAAUCCAUCUCCACCGUCCACCACAUGGAAAUCGGAUGGCCAACAGAUGUCCAGCACGUAACCCACGUCACUUUCGAUCGAUUCGAUGGGUUUCGUGGUCUUCCUGUUGAGUUCGAAGUCGAGAUACCCGGCAGAGUACCCAGUGCCAGUGCUAGCGUUUUCGGUGUCUCAGCAGAAUCGAUGCAGUGUUGUCAUGAUUCAAGAGGCAAUAGUGUCCCUACAAUUCUCUUACUAAUGCAAGAGAGGCUAUACUCCCAAGGAGGUCUAAAUGCAGAAGGAAUUUUCCGAAUAAACCCGGAAAACAGUCAAGAGGAGGAAGUGAGAAGCCAGCUGAACAGAGGCAUCGUGCCCGAUAACAUUGAUGUUCAUUGUUUGUCAGGGCUUAUCAAAGCCUGGUUUCGAGAACUUCCUUCUGGUGUGUUAGAUGGGCUUUCCCCUGAAGAAGUUUUGCAAUGCAAUGCAGAGGAGGACUCGGUUGAGCUUGUGAAGCAGCUUCAACCAACCGAAUCAGCAUUGCUUAACUGGGCAAUUGAUCUCAUGGCUGACGUUGUUGAACAAGAGGAAUCCAACAAAAUGAAUGCUAGAAAUAUUGCCAUGGUUUUUGCUCCAAACAUGACUCAGAUGUCUGAUCCAUUGACGGCUCUAAUGCAUGCUGUUCAAAUAAUGAACUUGCUUAAGACAUUGAUCAUGAAAACACUAAGAGAACGUGAAGAGGCUGCUGCAACAGAAGGAGGAUACUCACCAAUUUCGUCUCAUUCUUCCAAUCAGGAAUCUGAUGGGGAAAUUGAUAGCCACCGAGAGAUGGAUACCAGCUGCGAAUUAAGAAGGCCGAUGUCAGAAUGUGAUGACAACGCCCAUUACAACAACAGCAGUGAAGAUGAGGCUGAUAUCGAGUCUUUGAGAGAGGUAGAAGAGUGUUUCUUGACACAAUUGGAUGCGAAAAUCAUGAAAGAGUCAGUGGGAGAUUUGCAAAGACCGCAUGUGAGUCCUAGAAGUGGCUCUACAUCUUAUAGGGAGACUGGUGUUUCAUUUUCUGAUAGCAAAGUCGGAGGUUCUGGUUUGACCACAAGUGAUGGGGAAGACUCUGCAGAUACAAGUCUGGUUGUUGUUGCUUUGAAAUUUCAAUCAAAAAGAUGGAUGAACACCAUUGAUGUGGAUAUGGAAGAGAAAUUGGUGGAGUCUGAUUUGCCAACGUUUUUGCUUGGUGUUCAGUAAAUCUGUCAUGCUGGAUCUCCAUUUUAUUAGUGAUUUGGAUUAGAAUGUUGUUUGCAUAUUUUGGGUUUUCCUCCAUUAGCCAUAGUUGCUUCUGUAAAUUGAAAAGUGUUUUCGAAUGUUGCGCAUAACUGUCAAAGAAGGGAUGCCAGUUGUUCGCUAGUUGAUUGUGAGUCAUUGUCGCUUGAGGCUGACUUUAUGCUUGUUGUAUGUGAUUCACUAGCAAAGGAUGUUUAACUCUUGGCAAUUUUAGAUUAGAAUGCCUGUGUUCUCUCUC